AUGUCGACCACAGCGGUGGAUAGGGAGAAAGAUGGAGACCUCACGAAGAGGAAGCAGGGUGGCUUCCGGACCAUGCCGUUCAUACUAGUGAACGAGGUCUGCGACAGGUUCGCCACGGCGGGCUUCGGCGCGAACCUCAUCACGUACCUGACGCAGGAGCUGCACCUGCCUCUGGUGGAGGCCUCCAACACGCUCACCAACUUCGGCGGCACCUCCAGCCUCACGCCCAUCCUCGGCGCGCUCGCCGCCGACUCCUUCGCCGGCCGCUUCUGGACCAUCAUCGGCGGCUCCGUCUUCUACCAGCUCGGCAUGCUCGGCCUCGUCGUCUCUGCGCUAGUCCCUUCAUUCCGGCCCGGCGCCUGCUCCCCUCCCGCCACACCGUGCCGCCGCGCCAACGGCCUGCAGCUCGCCGUGCUCUACCUCUCUCUACUCUGCACCUCCCUCGGCUCCGGCGGGAUCCGGCCGUGCGUCGUGGCAUUCGGCGGCGACCAGUUCGACAACCAGACGAAGGAGGAGCACGGUGAAGCGGGCGGCGCGGAGGCUGUGGCAGGGCGGAAGCGGCAGUACUUCAACCUCUACUUCUUCACCAUGGGGUUCGCCGUGCUGCUGGCUCUGACGGUGGUGGUGUACAUCCAGGAGAACGUGGGGUGGGGGUGGGGGUUCGGGAUCCCGGCCAUCGCCAUGUUCGUCUCCAUCCUCGUGUUCCUCGUCGGCUACCCGCUCUACGUCCGGCUCAAGCCCGAAGGCAGCCCAUUCACGCGGCUGGCGCAGGUCGUCGCCGCCGCGUACAAGAAGCGGGCCGCCGCGCUGCCGGAGGACCCCGGCAUGCUGUACCAGGACAAGGAGCUGGACGCGCUCAUCUCCACCAACGGCAGGCUCCUGCACACCAACCACCUCACGUUCUUGGACCGGGCCGCCAUCGUGACGCCGACAGACACCGUGGGCUCCGGCAAGCUGGACCUAUGGCGGCUAUCGACGGUGCACCGCGUGGAGGAACUCAAGUCCCUCGUCCGCAUGCUACCAAUCUGGUCGGCCGGCAUAUUGCUCGUCACGGCGGGCUCGCACAACCACAGCUUUGCCAUCAUGCAGGCGCGCACCAUGAACCGCCACGUGACCCAGCAUUUCCAGAUCCCGUCGGCCACCAUGUCCAUCUUCACCACCCUCGCGAUGCUCGUCACCCUGGUCCUCUACGACCGUGCAUUUGUGCCCAUCGCGCGCCGCUACACAGGCCUUCCGUCCGGGAUCAACUAUUUCCACCGCACCAUCAUCGGUGUCGCCUCGGCAGCGCUUAUGGAAGCCAAGCGCCGCGGCUCAGCCACCGAGCAUGGGCUCCUGGACACCCCAGAAAUAGUGGUGCCGAUGAGCGUGUUCUGGCUCGUGCCGCAGUACGCCAUCCACGGCGUGGCGGAGGGGUUCUCCUCGGUUGCACACAUGGAAUUCAUGUACGACCAGGCGCCGGAGAGCAUGCGCAGCACCGCCGCCGCGCUCUUCUGGCUCUCCCACUCCCUCGGCAACUACAUGGGCACGGUGCUCGUCACGGCGGUGCAGAGCUCCACACGAGGUAGCGGCGAGUGGCUCCAAGACAAUAUCAACAGGGGCAGGCUGGACGCCUACUACUGGCUUGUCACCUGCCUCAUGCUGCUCAACCUUGGCUACUACCUCAUAUGCUUCCGUUUCUACACUAUGAAGCCAUUGGAGCUUGCAGAGGACGGCAACCAUGAAAAUGAGCUCGAGCUGUCCUCUGUGCACAAAAAUGGCGGUGGCACUGUAUAA